AUGUGUAGUUCCGAUAUCUUUUUGGCCAUUCUGGCCGUCUUCUUCCCGCCUAUUGCUGUGUGGGUCAAAUCAGGGAUUUGUACCGCUGACUCUGUCAUCAAUAUCGCCCUCUGUCUGCUGGGCUUCAUUCCCGGUCUCAUUCACGCCUGGUAUAUCAUUCUCAAGUACCCAGAGCCAGACUAUGACGACGUCGCCUACGAGCCUAUCCCCGGUGGCUCCAGCCAGCGUCGAGACCUGGAGAACGGUCAAGUGACCUACUACUAUGUCUCACACCAGCCUCCCCGUCAUCCCUCCCAGCGAUCCUACGGAGCUACAGACCCUCGAGUGCAGCCAGCUCCUCAGAAUGCUCAGCCCAAGCCCUCGGGCCCCCAGCAGGAAGCAAAUGCAGGUAGCAGCAGCGGACAACCACAAGCUGAGACGCGUCCGCCGCCAACUUAUGCUGAGGCCGUCCAGGGUGAUCAUAAGAUACAGUCCCAUGAUUAG